GGGCUUCAGCGGGUCUUCGGCGGCGGAGUGAAAACCCGGGAGUCACUAGCGCAAGAUGGCGACGGCAGCCGCAACAUCGGCUUCGGAACCCGAGGCCGAGUCCAAGGCGGGGCCCGAGGUUGAGGGCGAGGAGGAUGAGGUUAAGGCGGCUAGGACCAGGAGGAAGGUGUUGUCGCGGGCUGUGGCCGCUGCGACGUACAAGACUGCAGGGCCAGCGUGGGACCAGCAGGAGGAAGGCGUGAGUGAGAGCGAUGGAGACGAGGAGUACCCCACGGCUUCCUCAGCGAGCUCCCCCGGCGAGUACGAGUGGGAGUACGACGAAGAGGAGGAGAAGAACCAGUUGGAGAUCGAGCGGCUGGAGGAGCAGCUUUCUAUCAACGUCUACGAUUACAACUGCCACGUGGACCUGAUCCGGCUGCUCCGGCUGGAAGGGGAGCUCACCAAAGUGAGGAUGGCCCGCCAGAAGAUGAGCGAGAUCUUCCCUUUGACUGAAGAGCUGUGGCUGGAGUGGCUGCACGACGAGAUCAGCACGGCCCUGGACGGCCUGGACCGGGAGCGCGUGUACGACCUCUUCGAGAGAGCCGUGAAGGAUUACGUCUGUCCAAACAUUUGGCUAGAGUAUGGCCAGUACUCAGUUGGUGGGAUUGGUCAGAAAGGUGGCCUCGAGAAAGUCCGCUCUGUGUUCGAAAGGGCCCUCUCAUCCGUCGGUUUACACAUAACCAAAGGCCUGGCCAUCUGGGAGGCCUACCGGGAGUUCGAGAGUGCCAUCGUGGAGGCUGCCCGGCUGGAGAAAGUGCACAGUCUCUUCCGGCGACAGCUGGCGAUCCCACUCUACGAUAUGGAGGCGACAUUUGCAGAGUAUGAAGAAUGGUCGGAAGACCCGAUACCAGAGUCGGUAAUUCAGAGCUAUAACAAAGCCCUACAGCAGCUGGAGAAAUAUAAACCCUAUGAAGAAGCGCUGUUGGAAGCAGAGGCACCCAGGCUGGCCGAAUAUCAAGCAUACAUCGAUUUUGAGAUGAAAAUUGGCGAUCCUGCUCGCAUUCAGUUGAUCUUUGAGCGUGCCCUGGUUGAGAACUGCCUUGUCCCAGACUUAUGGAUCCGUUACAGUCAGUACCUAGAUCGGCAGCUAAAAGUAAAGGAUUUGGUUUUAUCUGUACAUAAUCGUGCUGUGAGAAACUGCCCCUGGACAGUUGCCCUGUGGAGUCGGUACCUCUUGGCCAUGGAAAGACAUGGAGUCGAUCAUCAAGUGAUUUCCGCAACCUUCGAAAAAGCUUUGAGUGCUGGCUUCAUCCAGGCCACUGAUUAUGUGGAGAUUUGGCAAGCAUACCUUGAUUACCUGAGGAGAAGGGUUGAUUUCAAACAAGACUCCAGUAAAGAGCUGGAAGAGUUGAGGUCCGCAUUCGCUCGUGCUUUGGAGUAUCUGAAACAGGAGGUGGAAGAACGUUUCAAUGAGAGUGGGGAUCCAAGCUGCAUGAUCAUGCAGAACUGGGCCAGGAUUGAGGCUCGACUGUGUAAUAAUAUGCAGAAAGCUCGGGAGCUCUGGGAUAGCAUCAUGACCAAAGGAAACGCCAAGUAUGCCAACAUGUGGCUGGAGUAUUACAACCUGGAAAGGGCGCAUGGCGACACCCAGCACUGCAGGAAAGCGCUGCACCGGGCCGUCCAGUGCACCAGUGACUACCCGGAGCACGUCUGUGAGGUGCUGCUCACCAUGGAGAGGACAGAAGGUACUUUAGAAGAUUGGGAUAUAGCCGUUCAGAAAACCGAAACUCGGUUAGCUCGUGUUAACGAGCAGAGAAUGAAGGCUGCAGAGAAGGAAGCCGCUCUCGCCCAGCAAGAAGAAGAACAGGCUGAACACCGGAAGAGGGCCCGGGCCGAGAAGAAAGCGCUGAAAAAGAAGAAAAAGACCAGAGGUGCAGACAAGCGCAAAGCAGAUGAGGAUGACGAGAAAGAGUGGGGCGAUGAUGAAGAAGAGCAGCCUUCUAAACGCAGAAGGGUUGAGAACAGCGUUCCUCCAGCUGGAGAAGCACAAGACUUGGAAGCGGAGACAGGACUCUUUGGGAAAAGCGCACCUGUUGAUGUUGCCCCCCCUUCAAAGCAGAAGGAGAGGGCAGCCGCCCUAAAAAGGGAUGUGCCCAAGGUGCCCCACGACAGCAGCAAGGACAGCAUCACCGUCUUUGUCAGCAACCUGCCCUACAGCAUGGAAGAGCCGGACGUGAAGCUCCGGCCGCUCUUUGAGGCCUGUGGGGAAGUGGCUGAGAUCCGGCCCAUCUUCAGCAACCGGGGCGACUUCCGAGGCUACUGCUAUGUGGAGUUUAAAGAGGAGAAAUCGGCCCUGCAGGCUCUGCAGUUGGACCGGAAGAAUGUAGACGGCAGGCCAAUGUUUGUUUCCCCGUGUGUGGAUAAGAGCAAAAAUCCUGAUUUUAAGGUGUUCAGGUACAGCACUGCCCUGGAGAAGCACAAGCUGUUUAUCUCGGGCCUGCCCUUCUCCUGCACUAAAGAGGAACUGGAAGAGAUCUGUAAGGCUCACGGCACCGUGAAGGACAUCAGGCUGGUCACCAACCGGGCCGGCAAACCGAAGGGCCUGGCCUACGUGGAGUAUGAAAAUGAAUCCCAGGCAUCGCAGGCUGUCAUGAAGAUGGAUGGCAUGACUAUCAAAGAGAAUGUCAUCAAAGUGGCCAUUAGCAACCCCCCUCAGAGGAAAGUUCCAGAGAAACCAGAAGCAAGGAAAGGACCAAGUGGCCCCAUAGUGCCGCGGCAGAUAUAUGGAGCGCGGGGGAAGGGACGGACCCAGCUCUCUCUGCUGCCUCGUGCCCUGCAACGCCCGAGCACCGCAGUGGCCCAGGCCGAGAACGGCCCUGCCCCGAAGCCAGCGGUCACCACCUCAGCAGCUGCUGAAGCUCCCAAGAUGUCCAAUGCUGACUUUGCCAAGCUGCUUCUGAGAAAGUGAACAGGGACUCGGAGAGAGGGGAAAUGCCUUACUUCAUGCUGGCCAGGAGGACCACCGGCCUCCCAGCGGUACCCUUGGUGUGGAAGGGCCCGGGGCAGCGCCUGCGCCCACGUAGUGUUCUCUGGUUCAGACAGAAGGGAAAGGGUGUCCAAGGAAAGAGGCUCUGCGUGCCCCUCAUAUUGAGGGUGACCGGAGGCGAGCAGUCACUCCACAGACUGGGCACAAGGUGUGGUCUCUUAAGAGUGAAAAACAAAAGUAAAACCUGGACACACUUUUUUGAGACACACUUGUCCAAAUGUUUUUGGCCAACUCCGGCCCCUUUUAUAAGACACUUCUCUAACGCUCUGCGCAGGACACGUGCCCGCUGCUCUUCUAAUUUUUGAAAGACAAAAAGGCAAUGCUAGUAAUUCACCGGAAUGGCCUAUUUUAGUAAGGGGGUGGGGAAGGGGGAAGUCACAUAAAAAAUGUUUGAUGGAUUUUUGUUCAAGGGGGCUGUGCGUUUUUAUAUUAUGUAUUUGUAAAUGACAUGUCGACCCAUUGUUUUGUUUCCUAAAAGGAAAAUAUUUGUGACAUUUGUUUUAUAUAGGAAUUCUGUGUGCCAUCUGCCGUGGACCAUUUUCUUUGCCUAGUGAGUAGUGGACUGUGUUCUUUGUCUAAAUAUUGAGUUUUAGCCCUUUGGUUUUGUUUAAAUACCAUGUCAAGUGCAAACUUAAGUUUUCCCCAUUUAGGUUUGUUUAUUAAACCGAAGUUCUCUUAAAAACCUCUUGUGGAGUGGUACUCAGCUCUGCAUUCAAAUAUGGAUGUUUUGAAAUGGGUGUACCUUGCUUUACCGAACAGACGUGUAAAUAGAACUUUUGUAAGUCAAAUCCCAUGGUCACUUUGAUUUAAAUCUUUUCAGCUGUGAUGUGUCUUCAGCUUUAAACUUCAGCUUAUGGCAGUUUGACACUUCAGCUUUUAUACAUUUUUACCUGAACUCUUCUGUCAGAUAUUUGCUGCUGCGAAAGUGAUAUUGGCAGAUCAGCUUGGGAAACCUAACGUCAUAAAUGCACUGUGGGGGGAAAUCCAGGAGCUCCCAUAUAUGACGGAAAGCAGCACAGUUUUUUUAAAUUCUCACCUAAGGAUAUGUUUAUUGAUUUUUAGAAGGGGGUCGGGGAGAGAAAGAAAGAAUGGUUGCCUCCUGUAUGCGCCCCAACCAGUGGUCAAACCUGCAGCCUUUAGGUGUCAGGAGGACGCUCCAACUGAGCUCCCCAGCCAGGGCAACUCAGCUCUUUUUUCAAGUUUUUGUGGCUCAUUCAAGCUUCACUAUAUUUAAUGUAACAUUUUUUAAAUGGAAAAUAUUAAAAAGAUAGAGUAAGAUAAACUCUUUACAUGCCUACCAUUGAACAUCAGCAUGUCUCACGCCAGAGCCCAUCUUUCCUCCUCUGCCUCCCACUCCUUCCCCAUAUCUGUUAUUUUGAGGGUCCUCCAGACAGCUUGCACCCACAACAUUGUAGCAUAUGUCUCUAAGAGAUAAGAACCUAAAGGCCAUAGUUUCAUCAUUAUUCUAGAAACAUUAGCAGUAAUACCCCAAUGUCAUCCACUGUUCAGUAAACUUCUCAUUUCCUGUUGUUUCAUAAAUGUCAAUUCCAUCCCAUAAAUUAAGAUCGGUAGAUUAUAUGAGUCUUAAUCUGUAGGUCUCCUCCUACUGUGUCUCUCUUUAGCACAAAGCAAAAAAUUUGUUACGAGCAAUCUGAAUUAAAUGCAAGCAGUAGGUCUCUCUGACCUCAGCAGCAGCCAGAAGAGGCUGUGUCAUUCUCUGGAAC